AUGGAUGUCGGCGUUGUUGGUGCUGGUAUUUCCGGCCUCUACACUGCGCUCAUCCUUCAGCGGCAGGGCCACAAUGUGACCGUCUUCGAGGCGAGCUCGAGAAUUGGAGGCCGGAUAUACACUCACCGAUUCGAGCCCCUGAACCAAGGCGAGGAUGUGUACUUUGAGGCUGGCGCCAUGCGUCUCCCUCGGUCGAGGUUACAUGACCGCGUCUUCCGCUUCAUCGAUUACCUCAACGCCAACAGCCGGUCUGAAGACAAGGUCGAGAUGAUCCCCUACAUCAUCGAACACGAAAACAACGGCGCCUAUGUCUAUGGCCACAAGGGUGACGUCGCUGGCAGUGAGCAUGCAGAUCUUCUAAACUUACCUCCGCCGUUCAAGGGCAAGUCCGCGCGCAGCCUCCUCGGCGAGGCCGUCAUUCCCUGGCUCCGGCUGCUAGAGCAGGACUUUGACAAGGGCUUCGAGAAGGUCAUGGAAUACGACAUGAUGUCCUUCCGCAGCUAUCUCCAUCUCGUGCUGAAGUGGCCGCACGAGGUCAUCGAGUUCGUCGAGCUCAUGUCCAGCCAAACAAACCAGUACGACCUCAGCUUCGUUGAGAUCAUCAUGCAGAACAUGGACUUUGGCGUCAAGCACUGGGCCACCGUCCGCAACGGCAUGUCGCGCUUCACCCAGGCCGCCGCAAACCUCGUUGGCCUCAAAAACAUCCACCUCAACGCCCCCGUCGACCGUCUCAUCCCUUCUUCAGCCGACGGCCGAGUCACCAUCCACACCCGCGGUCCCAACCCGCAAACCGGCACCUUCGACAAGGUCGUCCUCGCCAUCCCCCCAGCCGCCAUCCAGGGCAUCCGCGAACGCCCAACCUGGUCCUUCAUGAAAGAACAAGCCAUCCGCAGCGCACACUUCGAACCCCUCUACAAGCUCGGCCUGCACUUCCGCACCCGCUUCUGGGAACACAUCCCCUCCCCCUCCUUCGGCGGGCAGAGCACCACAGACCUCCGCUUCCGCUGGAUCGUAUACCCCUCCAACGACCUCGGCAGCGACACCUCAGGCGUCCUCCUCCUCUACUGCUGGAUGAACGACGCCUACCGCAUCCAAUCCAUGCAGCCCGAGCAGCGCAUCAGACUGGCCCUGCACGACCUCCAGCGCUUCUUCACAGAUACAGGCGUGGACAUCUACUCGCAGUACGUCGGCGCCUUCGACGUCUGCUGGAGCACCGAGUAUGUCACGGGUGACGCGAUGUUCCUCCCUGGGCAGUUCAGCCGGUUCCAUCGCAUUGCGGCACAGGCGGAGGGGAAUAUUCACUUUGCGGGCGAGCAUUUGAGUCGCCAUCAUACUUGGAUUGCGGGGGCGCUGGACUCGGCGUUUAAAACGGCGCGAGAGGUCAGUGGGGAUGAGCGGUUGUUGGCGUUGGGGGAGGAGGAGUUGGGGAGGUCGUCGAGGGCCACGGAGCCGCCGAGGCCGGAGUUUAUUCGCGCGCAGCUUUGA